AUGAAGUUUCUAUUUAUUUUCCUCUUUCUAGUUCCUCUAGUAUUUACACUUGGCUCUCUCGCAGAUUAUGCUGGCGAGAAUCGAGAGCAGAAUCCGAAGGAGUGUUUCUUCAAAGCUAUGGAGUCUGUUGAAAGAAGUAGGUUCCACCCAAAACCACACACCGAUGAACAAAUCGAAAAUGCUCGAGUUAUUGUCAAGGAUUGUAUUGAUAGAAUUGCAAAAAUCAACGACAAAGUCGAUGUGGUGAAAGAUGAGUUAAGUGACAAAAUUUUCGAUUCAUAUAAGAUUUAUCAAACUCAACUUUUACCGUGCGGCCUGAAAUUCAAAAUGAGAGAAUCGUGGGAUGACGAAAAAGACGAAAAAUGCUGGAUUUCUACUGGACUAAAGCCGGGCGAUUAUUUCUGCAAUGAUAGUUGGGGAGCUGACGGUUGUAUGAUCGAUUUGUGGAGAAAAGAAUGCGGUGAAGAGGCGGUGCAAGGAUCACGCAAAGUACAUCCAUUUUUGAGCAAACGCCAGCAAGAAUGUGUUGAUUUAUAUUCUCAUAAGUUUUGA